ACUGACGUUCUGCUGCACUCCUCCGCGCUUCGCCGCAACCCCCGAACCCUCACAACAACGCCCAAAAAGUUUAUUGUCUACGACGCACGCUUCCUUUUUCGCCACAAGUCUGUAUUCACAAUGGAUCUCCAAGAAGUACAGAAUGCGACGGCGCGCUUCUUCAACGACGCCAAUGCGCAUUUCCAACGCCUACCCGGGUCAUCCAUCGCGGUGCGCUACAUCAAGUCGAGCUACCAGAAUGACCCUAUGCGAAGCGCAAUCGAGCUGUUCCUCUUUCUUUUUGCGGUGAGGUACUUGCUGGCGCCCAAGUACAGCACGAAGAAGAAGGUGCAGCUUACUGAUGCGGAGAUUGACGAGCUGGUCGAAGACUGGACGCCAGAGCCGCUUGUUGCGCCGGUGACGAGAGAGGAGGAAUUGGACAACGACAAGAGGCCCAUCAUCGUCGGUCCCACAGGUCCCAAAUCGAAGCUCGCAAACGGCCGCACGGUUACGAACCUCGCCUCCCUCAACUUCUAUAACUUCGUCGCAAACGAGACGCUCAAGGAAAAGGCUAUCCAGACGCUGCGUACCUAUGGCGUUGGGCCAUGUGGUCCCCCGGGCUUCUACGGCACCCAGGAUGUCCAUAUGAAGACCGAGGCAGACGUUGCCGCCCAUCUCGGCGUGGCGGCGUGCAUCAUCUACGCCCAGUCUUUCAGCACCAUCAGCAGCGUUAUCCCGUCGUUUUCAAAGCGUGGAGACAUCAUCGUCGCGGACAAGGGCAUCAACUUCGCGGUUCGGAAGGGCAUCCAGAUCAGCAGAAGCACAGUGCGGUGGUACGAACACAACGACAUGGCCGAUUUGGAGAACGUGCUGAAGAAGGUUACCAAGGAGCAGGCAGGAAAGCCGCUCACAAGGAGGUUUAUCGUCACGGAAGGCUUGUUCGAGAACAUUGGGGAUGUGGUUGAUUUGCCCAAGCUGGUAUCCCUCAAACUGAAAUACAAAUUCCGCCUCAUCCUCGACGAAACCUGGUCCUACGGCGUCCUAGGCCGCACCGGCCGCGGCACAACCGAAGCGCAAAACGUCGACGCCGCAGAAAUCGACAUGAUCAUCGGCUCGCUCUCCGGCCCCCUCUGCGCAGCCGGCGGCUUCUGCGCAGGCACAGAGGAAGUCGUCGAGCACCAGCGCAUCUCCUCAGCCUCAUACACAUACUCCGCCGCGCUCCCCGCCCUGCUCGCCACAACAGCCAGCGAGACAAUCGCCCUGCUGCAGGAACAGCCCGAGAUCCUCACCGCGCUGCGCGAUAACAUCAAGGCUAUGCGCGCGCAGAUUGAUCCGAGGAGUGACUGGGUUAAGUGCAGUAGUUCGGUUGAUAAUCCGAUUAUGCUGCUUACGCUUAGGACGGAUGUUAUUGCUAGUAAGGGCUUGAGUAUCGAGGAUCAGAAUCAGAUUUUGAGGGAUGUUGUGGAGGAGUGCCUAGCAAACCUCGUCCUCAUCACCCGCCUCAAAGCCUUCCCUAUAGGCCUGGGCGUCAAUCCGCGCGAUGCGGGAUGGCAGCCCGUUCCCGCUCUCAAGGUCUGCAUUACGAGCGGCUUGACGCGCAAGGAGACUGAGAAGGCGGGUACGGUUAUAAGGCAUGCUGUUACGAAGAUUAUGGGGCGGAGGAAGUAGGGAUUUACCAUCUGAG